AACACCGAUAAUGUAAAGAAUCAACUUUAUUAUUGGAAAAAUAAACCCGAUACGAGCGAUCUACAUGUAUUGUGGAGUUUUUAAUGCCAACACGGGCAGCACAACGCUUCAUCCACCAUCAUUCUUGCAAAAACUAGUCAUUCAAUGCAAAAACAAACCCAAAAUAUAAAAACCCAAAAUCUCAACAUCAUCUAUCAAUCUAUCAUUCUACCAGUCUCAGUCAAAAUCAACUAAAACCCAAAACCUCAGUCAGAAUUUAACCAAAGAUGAAGAGCAUUCCUUUGAUAUUGAUGGGUUGUGGAGGUGUUGGGCGUCAGCUUCUCCAACACAUUGUUUCUUGCAGAGACAUUCAUGCCCUAAAUUAUGGAGUAAGAUUAAGAGUGGUGGGAGUUGCAGAUAGCAAGUCUUUGCUUUCUGUGCCGGAUAUCUUCACCACUGAGCUUGAUGAUCAUUCUGUUGAUGAAAUUUGUCGCCUCAAAUCCAAUGGUUCUUCUCUUUCUUCUCUCACAUCUUAUGGUGAUUACCAAGUAUUCUCCAAUUCUGAGACAAUCACUAAUAUUACUGAGGUUGCUAGUCAUUUGGUUCGAUCCACAGGGUUGGCUGUUGUAGACUGCUCUGCUAGUUCAGACACUAUAGGGAUAUUGCAGAAGGUAGCUGAAAUGAAUGGCUGCAUUGUACUUGCAAAUAAGAAGCCCCUAACAUCCUCAAUGGAAGAUUAUGAUAAGUUGGUAUUGCACCCACGUCGCCUUCGACAUGAAUCAACUGUUGGUGCUGGUCUUCCAGUAAUAAUGUCCAUUAAUCGCUUGCUUUCAUCUGGGGACACUAUCCAUCGUAUUGUUGGCAGCUUGAGUGGUACAUUGGGGUAUGUCAUGAGUGAAGUAGAAGAUGGGAAGCCUCUCAGUCAAGUUGUAAAAACUGCUAAAGCUCUUGGUUACACAGAACCAGAUCCUCGAGAUGACUUGGGUGGUAUGGAUGUUGCAAGAAAGGCUUUGAUUGUUGCUCGUCUUCUUGGACAACGACUUGAGUUGGACAGCAUUAAGGUGGAAAGUUUAUAUCCUGCUGAAAUGGGACCUAAUGCAAUGAGCGUGGAAGAUUUUCUUGCUAAUGGUGUUUCACAACUUGAUAACAGUCUUGCAGAUAGAGUUGAAAAAGCAGCUUCCAAUGGAAAUGUGCUACGCUAUGUUUGUGUCAUUGAGGGUUCUAGGUGCGAGGUUGGGAUUCAGGAACUUCCCAAAAAUUCUGCCUUGGGAAGACUAAGAGGAAGUGACAAUGUGCUGGAAGUAUACAGUAGGUGUUAUAGCGAGCAGCCAUUGAUCAUCCAAGGAGCUGGAGCUGGUAAUGACACGACAGCAGCUGGUGUCCUUGCUGAUAUCCUUGAUUUACAGGAUCUCUUUACUUGAUCAAGAAAUUAUUUGUAUCAACUUUAAUAAAAAUACUGUUUAGCAAGCUUCCAAGAUGCAGAAAAGGGGAUAUAUCCAGUGUUUUCAGGAUUUAGAUCUAGGUAACAAAUGAUUUGCAGCGCUUCGCUUUUAUCUUCUGACUAUAUCCGUGGCAAGCAAGUUAUUCCUUCCAUUUGGAUAUAUUAGUCACUUGUACAAUUUUUAGAACGAACUGAAAAAAUUAUCAUAUGCUAAAGUAGUUAAUAAUGCUUUGUGAAUGAUUUUACUAUUCUUCACCAAGAUCUAGUUAUUGAGGAAGAUUUUGAGAAUGGUUCAAUUAUUAAAAAAAUUGUGAUUGAAAUUAUUUUAUGCUUAAUCGAUGAUUGAUUGGGAAUUGCUUGACUAUAUUAGUUAUUACUGGAGGUAGUAGUUUUUCAAGGUAUUAAUUAUAGCAAAUUUUGUUAAUUCCCUUAUUAUUUUAUUUUUUUUAAGUGCAUCUCUUUCCAUAAUCACUCAUUUUUCAAUUGUAUCACUUCGUUUUUGCUCAUUUGA